AAUCUGUAUUAAAAUAACUAACUAUUCUCAUAUAUCAACUACCGCCUUCUUUGUUGAAGAAACAUUUGGUAGUACUAGCUGAAUUUCAAGCAUCAUGUUCAUUUUCAAUAAUAAAACAGAGUUAUUGGCAAGUAUUUUCACAUUUUUCUAUAAAUAAUUAUUUGACAGACUGGAAGCUAGAGGCCAGCUUCUAUCUUUCACUUCCUUUAGUCACACACUAGGUGGAUUGUUACAGAACUGUUUGCAGUCAACAAAGUUUGCAUCAUGUUUGGAAGUACUCACAUGGCAUUACUUAAUAUCUGUUUUUUAGCUUUGAGCGCACAACUAGUACAGCGACCAAAGUUUGUAAAGGUCAGUGCUGGUGAGUCUGUAUCUAUCCUGUGUGAUACCGAACGUGAACGUUUACCUAUUAGCGACAUUUACUGGUAUAUACAAAUGCUAAAUGGAAGCUUUUACAGAGUAAAUCCAACAGAAAGGUUUACUACACCAAAUAAACCGACAGAUAAUAUCACUACAUUGCAAAUACAACAUGUACAGUGGAAAGAUUCAGGAACAUAUUAUUGUAUUUACUGUGUAGGUAACCAAAAAUUCUUCUUUGGAACUGGGACAAAAGUGAUUGUCACAGAUAUAACGACAGAGGGAAGAGCAACAGACAACAUGCAUAUUGAUAUCAUCUUUGAUGAACAUUCAUCUAACAGUUCAGUAGCUCUACUUUGUCUGGUAUGUAACCCUCCUUCUGGUGAGCUUUCGGUCUUCUGGAAUAUUUCUGGGGAUAUCAGGGAUGGACUAAACAGCUCUGAAUUUACAAAUAUUGAUGAUGAGUUCUGUAUCAGUACCUCAACGGAGAUAACAGCUGAGGCAUGGAAGAAUGGAACACCCUGCAAUUGUGCUGUGAAACAAGGAUCUGAGCAUCUUAUGACUGAAACCAUAAGCAAACAGAAUGCUAAUGAAUGUGCUUCGUUCAGAGGUCCAUGCACUUUUGUUGUUUUGGGAACAACUUUCUUUCUUCUCAUCAUGACAGUAGCUACAAAUGCCUGCUAUAGAAGAAAAAAAACAAAAGCACCUGAACAUUCUAUCACAGACAGCAUAAGGGGAAGCGGGUCUCAGACAGAAGAGAGCAGUACAGGAAGAAAGUAUGUGCACCAGAUUGAACCAGUGUACAAGACAGUGAUGUUGUCUCCAAAUGAUGAGGAGAGAAACAGGAAUCAAGCCCUCUGUAUAGAAAGGAGGGACAGACUUGAAGAGCAGCAAGGGGAGAGAGAAAAUGUUGACAGGCAUUCUGCUGACAGCAUAAACAGUAUCAGCCUGAGUCAAUAUCAAAAAAUGGAUCAUGGUCGGCAAGGAAUAUACUAUCUUGCUGGAAAUCCCAGUCAAAUCAUUUUUAAGAACUAAAAAUAAAAAGCAACAUAAAUGCCAUCCUUAUAACAGAAGCCUACUAACCACCAGUUUAAUGAUUUUGUGUAUUUGAAAUAGGAACAUUCACCCACAGUUUGUAUACAAGAACCUAAUAUGAACCUAAUAUGCCUGAAAGCAGUUUAUUUGAAAAUGUAUCUUAUACUGAUAACCCAAGAAAAGAUUAAUGGCAUGAUAAGUACAUUGCCUAUAAUUGUCUUGCAAAUGCUUUUAAUUGUACAAUUUCAGUUAUUGCAGUAAAAUAAUGAUCAUAGUUUUCUUUAAUGAAUGUGAAUAUUAUUUUCAUAAUAUUUGUAAGUGUCCGAAAGUGAAAUUUCAAACCAGAUCAUGUUAUUUUGUAAAUAUUAUAGGGAAGCAAAUAGCAACAGCAUACAAAUGGGGUAACACAGCUAGCACAAUGAAAAUACAAAAAGGCAGAAUACGUUCUACUUAAACUGAGUUCACAAACACAGAAGGCAUGGUAAGUGGUCUGAAUGACGAUGCACUCCUGAAGACCUACAUAAGUAACAAUGAUGAAAGAUGCAAAUGUGUUAGCAUCCUUUUUUUGUUGGUAAAAAAAAAAAAAAAAACAUGCAACAGGGUGGCUGCACAAUAAAUUGCAGAAACGAUGCAAAUGAUUUUAUCAAUAGUGGAGGAGUGCUCUUAGAUAUGACAGCUUAAAGCAUUGCAAAUAAUGCAAAACCUUAAAUCUGGAAAGCAGUAGUAUGAAGCUGGGGUGGUGGCAACAGCAACAUCAAAAGCAGAAAUAAACUUUGGGGGGGGGGGGGUGUUUCAUAAAGAGUUCCGGAAGCAGUGUAACAAGAAGGCAAAGGAGGCAGGUGGAGCACUGCCAUAGACAGGAUAAUCCAUUAUCUGCAGAACAUAAGAAGUUACUAUGACAACACAGAAACACCUUAAAAGAGGAGCUUUCAGUGGAGGGCAGCAGGACUGGUACAUGUUCUUCACCAGAGCAUACAUAAACUCAGGCUAGUAGAGCUUAAUGUGCACAGUCAUGAUAAAAGGAAGCAAAGAGUAACAAAAUAGAAGCACAUGAAGUGUUUUAGUUAAUGUUUUGAAGUAAGUAUAAGUAACGAACUCUUGGAGAUGGCAGUGACCCACUUACUAUAUACAAAGCUAAAGUGUACAUUUGUGAAAUAAAACAUUUGUUUUGAUGCAUUUUAUUUUGUUGAUAAGAAUGGUUUCCUGAAAACUUUCUUAGAGCUGUAGGCCCUACCAUGACAUUGUGAUUGUUUAUGUUAUAUCAUAUUUUCAUGCUAAGUGCAACAAUAGAAAAUGCAAUAAUAAAUGUACAGUGUGUGUAAAUAGCUGCUCUUUUAAAUAAAAAUGAUUUUUAUU